GUGCAAUGCGGGAGGCUGCGGCCGCCUUGGAAGAGCUAGGGAAGGAUCGGGAGGCGGGAGGAGCGGCUGCUAAGGUGCGGUCGCCCCGGAGUCCGAGCGUGGCGGACUAUGACAGUGUUUUCUGCAGAGUCCUUCUCCUGUCCGCCGUCCCAGAAGCUUUCCUGAACCAUCUCCUGGCGGAGCCGCCCUCAGGUUUUUCCAGUGUGGCUGAUCGAUGCUUGAAGAGAAGAUGGCUGAUAUUAACUUCAAAGAAGUGGCUUUGCUAGUCAGUGUGGUCGCUGCCUGCUACUGGAACAGUCUGUUCUGUGGGUUUGUUUUUGAUGAUGUUUCAGCAAUACUGGAUAAUAAAGACCUGCAUCCAUCUACACCUUUAAAAACUUUAUUUCAGAAUGACUUCUGGGGAACUCCUAUGUCUGAGGAGAGAAGCCACAAGUCAUACAGGCCCUUAACAGUGUUGACAUUUCGCUUAAAUUAUCUCCUCAGUGAGCUGAAACCCAUGUCUUACCACCUCCUGAACACAGUGUUCCAUGCUGGCGUCAGUGUGAUCUUUCUUAAGGUCUGCAGACUUUUUCUGGAUAAGAGGAGCAGUGUCAUUGCAGCUCUGCUCUUUGCAGUGCACCCAGUCCAUACCGAAGCAGUCACGGGUGUUGUGGGAAGAGCUGAACUCUUAUCAUCUGUCUUUUUCCUAGCUGCAUUUCUGUCGUAUACUAAGUCAAAAGGACCAGAUAAUUCCAUAGUGUGGACCCCGAUUGCACUGACAGUGCUUUUAGUGGCUGUUGCAACGCUGUGUAAAGAACAAGGAAUAACAGUUGUCGGAAUUUGUUGUGUAUAUGAAGUAUUUGUGGCCCAAGGGUACACUUUGCCAUUGUUAUGUACCACUGCUGGACAGUUUCUCCGCGGGAAGGGUAGCAUUCCAUUUUCUAUGCUGCAGACAUUAAUAAAACUCAUUGUCCUGAUGUUCAGUACUUUACUACUUGUUGUGAUCAGAGUCCAAGUUAUUCAGUCACAACUUCCAGUGUUUACAAGGUUUGAUAAUCCAGCUGCUGUAAGCCCAACCCCUACACGACAGCUUACUUUUAACUACCUCCUUCCUGUGAAUGCUUGGCUUCUACUGAAUCCUUCAGAGCUCUGCUGUGAUUGGACCAUGGGAACAAUACCACUGAUAGAAUCAUUUCUAGAUGUUCGAAAUCUCGCCACUUUUGCUUUCUUUUGCUUUCUGGGGGCUUUGGGAGUAUUCAGUCUCAGAUACCCUGGUGACUCCUCAAAGACUGUCCUAAUGGCUCUUUGUUUAAUGGCGUUACCAUUUAUUCCCGCAUCAAACCUGUUCUUUCCUGUUGGAUUUGUUGUUGCUGAGCGAGUACUAUAUGUUCCUAGCAUGGGGUUCUGUAUUUUAGUAGCCCAUGGAUGGCAAAAAAUUUCAAACAAAAGUGUACUGAAAAAGCUCUCGUGGGUUUGUCUGUCCAUGGUGAUACUAACCCAUGCCUUGAAAACACUUCAUAGAAAUUGGGACUGGGAAUCAGAAUAUACAUUGUUUAUGUCAGCCUUAAAGGUGAAUAAAAACAAUGCCAAAUUAUGGAAUAAUGUGGGUCAUGCUCUGGAGAAUGAGAAGAACUUUGAGAAAGCUUUGAAAUACUUCCUGCAGGCCACCCAUGUUCAGCCAGAUGACAUUGGUGCACACAUGAAUGUAGGAAGAACUUAUAAAAACUUAAACAGAACUAAAGAAGCUGAAGCAUCUUAUAUGUUGGCUAAAUCACUGAUGCCUCAGAUUAUUCCUGGUAAAAAAUAUGCAGCCAGAAUUGCCCCUAAUCACCUAAAUGUUUAUAUCAACCUGGCCAACCUUAUCCGAGCGAAUGAGUCCCGCCUGGAGGAAGCGGAUCAGCUGUACCGACAGGCAAUCAGCAUGAGGCCAGACUUCAAGCAGGCUUACAUUAGCAGGGGAGAGUUGCUUUUAAAAAUGAAUAAGCCUCUCAAAGCAAAGGAAGCAUAUCUUAAAGCACUGGAGUUGGACAGAAAUAAUGCAGAUCUGUGGUACAACUUGGCAAUUGUUUACAUAGAACUUAAAGAACCAAGUGAAGCCCUGAAGAACUUUAAUAGAGCUUUGGAACUAAACCCCAAACAUAAGCUAGCACUGUUCAAUUCUGGUAUUUUAAUGCAGGAAUCAGGUGAAGUUAAACUCAGACCUGAAGCUAGAAAACGGCUUCUAAAUUACAUAAAUGAAGAGCCACAGGAUGCUAAUGGCUAUUUCAAUUUGGGGAUGCUCGCCAUGGAUGACAAAAAGGAUUCAGAAGCUGAGACUUGGAUGAAGAAAGCUAUCAAAUUACAGCCUGACUUCAGAAGUGCAUUGUUUAACCUGGCACUCCUGUAUUCGCAGACUGCUAAGGAGUUAAAGGCAUUGCCAAUCUUAGAAAAGCUACUCAAAUACUAUCCUGACCACACGAAGGGUCUCAUUUUAAAAGGAGACAUUCUGAUGAACCAAAAGAAGGAUAUACCUGGAGCUAAAAAGUGUUUUGAAAAGAUAGUGGAAAUGGAUCCAACCAAUGUGCAAGGAAAGCACAAUCUGUGCGUCGUGUACUUUGAAGAGAAGGAGUUACUAAAAGCUGAAAGAUGUCUAGUUGAAACAUUGGCAUUAGCACCUCAUGAGGAGUAUAUUCACCGCCAUUUGAAUAUAGUCAGGGAUAAGAUCUCCUCUUCAGGUAUCAUGGAGCUGCCACUGUACCCAGUUGAUAAGACUUCAGGUACAGUAGAAAGAGAUGAAAUCCGUUCUGAGGAUGUAAAAGAAAUCAGCAGUGAACCCAGACCAGCAGAAAUCAGAAAAACAAACGGUAACAGAAACUCUAAAUCCAAAGAGCAAUCAACAGAAAAUGGAGACCAAGAUGCCCCCCAUAAAACAACAAAAGACAUCAAAGAAAUUGAGAAGAAAAGAGUUGCUGCUUUGAAAAGGCUAGAAGAGAUUGAACGUAUUUUAAAUGGAGAAUAAUACUAAUUCUGUAUCAUAAACAAUGUUUGCAAGA